AUGAAUUCAAGUGAACGGAAAAAGCAAACUCAUUUACGAUGUGAAAGACAACGUCGUGAGGCUAUUAAUAGUGGAUAUAGUGAACUUAAAGAUUUAUUGCCGGCAUCAGCUUCAUUUACUGGAUGUAAAACUACAAAUGCAGCAAUUCUUUUUAGGGCAGCCGAUUAUGUAAAAUCUUUGGAUUCUUCAAUUGAAAAAAAUGAAGAAGAAUUGUCUAAAUUACAAACACAAUUUGCUGCUUUAGAAAUGAUUUUACAGCAAUACGAGAAUUUUUCUUUUGAUUCCCAAACAAGUUCUGUUAUACAGUUAAAAAUGUUACAAAAUUUUUUGGAUAAAUGUUUUGAGUCUUUUCUUGCAAAUGUUGAUGUGUCUAAUUAUAAAUCUUUGACAAAUUCUUUACUUAUGUGGAUUGAACGAAUUGAUUUUCAGAACAUGUCUGAUGCAUUGCUCAUGCCAGUUUACAAACAAAUGAAAUAA